AUGUGGACUUCGCCUCACAGGAUCACAGCCCCAUCUUCUAUUCCUAUUUUCAUCUCAACACAACGCGCAACCUCACAGCUCCCCCUGACCUCCAGCAAAUCUUUGUUGAGAAUCUCCGAGAUCCAAUUGAGUAGCCCUCAUUACCGCCGCCCAUCUCCAGCACCCACGAUGUUCCGCCAAUCCGCCCUCCGCAGCUCGCGGGCCCUCGCCCUUACACGGCAAACGGCGACAGUGCAGAAGAGAAGCGCGCACGCCGUCUCCAACCCGAUGCUGGCGAACAUCGAGAAGCGGUGGGAGACUAUGCCGCCGCAGGAGCAGGCCGACCUGUGGAUGGCGCUGCGGGACCGCAUGAAGGUGAACUGGGCCGAGAUGACGCUGCAGGAGAAGAAGGCUGCCUACUAUAUCGCCUUUGGCGCUCACGGCCCCCGCGCUGAGCCUGACCCCAACGAGGGAUGGAAGGUCUUCGGAUUCACGUGUGCUGGAGUUGGCGUCUCGGCCGUUCUGUUCGGCUUCAUACGCUUUUUCGCAAAGGGUAGCCCCAGCACGAUGAACAAGGAGUACCAGGAGGCCACGAAUGAGUACCUGAGGGCACAAAACUCCGAACCUAUCUCCGGUCUCUCGUCCGAAGGCUACGUCGGCCCGGGAAUGGUGCAGAGCGCGCCCAAGAAGAAGUAG